AUGUCUACACACAAAGCUCUCGCAAUCCAUGCUUUGGAGCAGCCUCCAGCAUUUUUGGAGCGGCCAACUUCAGCCCCCAAAGAAGACGAAAUCCUCCUGAAAGUAUCAAUUGUUGGAUUAAACCCUCAUGAUGCUUCGGGCAAAAGAUUUGGGACCUUUAUCAAGGAAAACUUGCCCUCGCCCAUCGGAGUUGAUCUUGUUGGAGACAUUGUUGCUCUUGGUCGCAAUAUAACCGGGUACAAGGUCGGCGAUCGCGUCUUUGCCUUUGGCAACCCAAUGUCUGCGGACAGCACCGGCACUCAGGAAUACUGUGUCGUUCCGGCAUGGCAAUCAGCCCUGCUGCCCAAGGAAAUCAGUGCAGACGAAGCCGCGACUUUCCCGUUGAAUGCCAUGACCAUGGUUUUUGCAUUAUUCCACGAGACUGGGCUCAACUUGCACAGCCCUUUUGGCCUCCGCCGACAGGAUUGUGACUACAGCGCAGAAUCGAUUCUGAUCAUCGGUGGAGGCGCCGCCACGGGACAAUUCGGUGUGCAGCUCGCCCGGCUGGCGAAAUUCAGGAACAUAAUAGUGGUGGCAUCAAAAGCAAGGGAGUCCCAACUCAAGGAUCUUGGAGCCACCACUGUCAUUGAUCGCGCUCUGGACGAAUCCGAGAUCGAGAAUCAGAUUAGGAAAGUGGCCGGAGAUGAUUUGGUGUUUGCCAUUGACUGCGUUGGGCGUGGCCCAGGUGGGCAGACAUUGGGCGUCAAAGCUCUCUCUAAUCAUAAAAAGGGGACUCUCGCAGCGCUGGUCCAUAGAGGUGAUGUUGAUGAUUCCCGUAUCGGUACCAAAACCGCUGGCUACGUACGAAAUUCGGUACUGUGCCAUACGGCCAAAUAUCCGGAUAUCACAAAGGAGUUCUGGGCCGUGUUGCCCAGUUUGAUUGAAAGUGGCACGCUGAAGCCAACAAGCUUUCAGGUUGUCAACGGCCUCAGUGCUAAGGAGGUUGACACCUUUCUUGAUAAUUAUAGCACAGGGGUUGCCCAACUCAAACCUCAUAUACAUAUAGGCAGCACUUUUGAAGCGUAG